CUAUAUGUGGCUGCCAGCUGAGUGCACCUAUAGUUGCAUGCAUAGUGUGUCUCAGAUCAAGCCUUUGCUUUGUUAACACUGACUGAGUCUACAAUGAUGAAGACAAGGGAGGUGAAAGACAACACAUCCACUAGGAGACAGUGUGCAUAGACGAGGUGAAAUCUCAACUGAGAUCAGCAAUUCUCCAAAAUCCUCCCAUCCAUGUCCUCUGGGAUGAAAUGUCUGGGAUAAGUCAGAGCACACCAUCCGGUGUGACUGAGGGUUAUCCAGUGACCAGCCUGACUUUAGUGGUCCUGUUGCUGAUCCCCUGUGUGGUCAUCCUGGUCCUGCUCAACUGCCUGUUCCUGGGCUACAAGUUCCUGAUCCUGUCCAAGAAGAGGGGCAACAAGAGGGAGGAGGACGCAGAGGAGAUGCUGCUGUGGUCCACCCUGCAGAGAGAGGUCAGGAGGGGGUCAGACACGGUUUUCCCCUCGCUGCAGGACGGAGACAGGAGGAGAGCCUACAUGUCUCUGUCUGAGCCUGUCCUGCACCAUCCUGUCACCUCCUCCAGGGCUUCAUCCAGGGCCGAGCUGGAUCACAGGAUCCGGCUCCUGAGGCCAGAUGGUGCCACCGGAUCAGGGUACCUGAGGGCACCGAGCACCAUCCGGGUCACCUCCUCCUCCUCUCCGAGACUUGACCUGCGCUCUGGGUGGUGCAAAAGCGCACCGCUCUUACCGCAGAGCAGUGAUUCAGAGGCUGAAACCAGAGUGAACCUAGUUCCGCCAAACUCUCCAUGGGAGACAGAACAUGUGGGUCAUCUUCAUCGGAGCAGUUCCUACGAGAUGCUGACAGAUGUGAAUCCAGGUGUUGCGGUGCUUGUGUUUGACAAAGUGGACAUGGAGUGUGACUUCAACAACCCGCCUUCAGAGGCGUCCUAUCUCAACACGUCUGCAGUGGGUCCUGGACUGGACAGCGACUUUGGUGCAAGUGCAGGUGUCUCCCUGCGGAUCCUGUCGGCAGACAGUGACGAUCUGUCUAACGGCGUCCUGUCUUCAGCCCUGGAGUGGGAUUAUUACGACCCCUGCUACGUCAGACAGAACAAUGUACCCAAACAGAAACACCACAGACCUGCAGUGCACACCAAACAGUACUGGGUGUAAGAUGUUCCGGCUGUCAGUGGGAUCUUUUUAAUGUUUAUUUAUUUAAUUAAUUAAUUAAUUAUUUUAUUUAAAUUAAAUGUUUUAGUCUUCAGUUUGUCUCACUAGUAAUCACUAAAUGAACACGUUUUUUUGAUAAGAAUGUCACUCUGCCAAUGAAAUUGUUCAAAUUUUGAAAUAUUGACUAUAAACGCCUUCACUUUAGUUAUUAUGAAAUAUUUACUACGCACUUCUUCACUUGUGUAAAUCUAAAUUAGUCACCAUUUCAUGUUAACAGGGCUGUUCAGCCAGAUUUCAUAAACAUUCACACUAAGAUUUAUAUUCACUGCUAUUGAUUUAAAUGUUUUGAUUCACUCUGAGUAAUAAAGACUAAUUUAGAAUUAAGUGCUUCUUCAUGCAAAUUACAGUGAAUAGAAAAAAAACAUUUAUGGGGUUCAACUAGGGCUGUCAAAAUAUAAUUUUCACUUCACGGUUACCGUGGCCACAAGAAUUCACAAUAUUAUUGUGAUAUCUAUUGAAAAUUUGAA